GAAUCCUGGUACUAUGGAUCACCUAUAUUUGCUUUGAGACAUGCUUUAGAUGUUUUUUUCUGGAAGCCCUGUAAAUACUGUAAAAAUUCAGUGUAUUGUUGUAAAGACCUAUGGUGAAGCGACUUCCAGUCAUUUGGAAAGGAUGGGAUGAAAAGGAACCUUGGUGAUAAUUUUGAUGUCUGCAAGAUUUAGUACCAGUGUAAUGGGAUUAUCGGUAACACCUUCACUGCAGAAAAAGCCACCUGGCGCUAUAACUGGCAGCAACUGAGGACUAAUCCUUUUCCAUCUCUUGGAUGUCAUUCAUGAAGCUCAAAGCGAUUUCUUUCCUGCUAACUGUGAUUAAUUUUAUAAACAACAACAGCAAAAAAAUCAGGCCAAUGGUGGCAGAGUCUACAUAGAACUAUGCUUCGUGGUGUUCUGGGAAAAACCUUUCGACUUGUUGGCUAUACUGUUCAGUACGGCUGCAUAGCUCAUUGUGCUUUUGAGUAUGUUGGUGGUGUUCUCAUGUGUUCUGGACCAUCCAUGGAGCCUACAAUUCAAAAUUCAGAUAUUGUCUUUGCAGAAAAUCUUAGUCGACAUUUUUAUGGUAUCCAAAGAGGUGACAUUGUGGUUGCAAAAAGCCCGAGUGAUCCAAAAUCAAAUAUUUGUAAAAGAGUAAUUGGUUUGGAAGGAGACAAAAUUCUCACCAGUAGUCCAGCAGGUUUCUUUAAAAGCCAUAGUUAUGUGCCAAAGGGUCAUGUUUGGUUAGAAGGUGAUAAUCUACAGAAUUCUACAGAUUCCAGGUACUAUGGACCUGUUCCAUAUGGACUAAUAAGAGGACGAAUCUUCCUUAAGAUUUGGCCUCUGAAUGAUUUUGGAUUUCUACGUGACAGCCCUAAUGGUCACAGAUUCUCUGAUGAGGAAAUGAUGUUAGACAAGAAGCAAAUCUGAGUUCAAAAUGAGUCGUAAAGCAGUGGAGACAAUUCACAACAUCAACAACGCAUUUGACCCAGGAAGUGCUAACAAAUGUACAGUGCAGUGGUGGUUCAAGACGUUUUGCAAAGGAGAUGAGCGCCUUGAAGAUGAGCGUAGUGACUGGCCAUUGGAAGCUGACAAUUACCAAUUGACAGCCAUCAUCCGAGGUGAUCCUCUUACAACUACAGGAGAAGUUGCUGAAGAACUCAAUGUUCA